CCGUGUAGCCGCCCACCGCUCGUCUCUGCCGGCCACAGAGCCCGAGAGAGUCCGGAGGAACACACCGCCCCUGUCUUCUCCUUCUUCUCCUUCUUCUCCUUCUUCUCCUUCUUCUCCUAUUCCUUCUUCUUCUCCUUCUCCUUCUCCUCCUCCUCCUCCUCUCUCUGUUUUCUGAUCUCUCAUCCUGGAACUUAUCGUAACUUUGCGCACUGAUCCACUGACUCUGGAUCAGAUCUUUGAACAGCGCACAUUUAGACGCUUACAAACUUUGGAGAGUAGCGUCCUCCUACCCGGAGCUCCUUGUGUCCUCCUCCUGUCUACUCCCCUCUCCUCCUCUCUCCUCUCUCCGGGUUUGGAGGAGGCGGCACCAUGAUGAGUAACAGCGGCUUCUUGGAGCCUCAGAUGUUCCAAGGCCCCGCGGACCCCGGGCAGGAGGAGGAGGAGGAGAUGCCGGCCACGGAGAAGGACCUGGCGGAGGACGCUCCGUGGAAGAAGAUCCAGCAGAACACGUUCACGCGCUGGUGCAACGAGCACCUGAAGGUGAUGAACAAGCGGAUCGUGGACCUGCAGAAGGACCUGAGCGACGGGCUGAAGCUCAUCGGGCUGCUGGAGGUGCUGAGCCAGAAGAAGAUGUUCCGGAAGUACCACAACAGACCCAACUUCAGGCAGAUGAAGCUUGAGAACGUGUCCGUGGCGCUGGAGUUCCUGGAGAGAGAGCACAUCCGGCUGGUGUCCAUCGACUCUAAGGCGAUCGUGGAUGGGAACCUGAAGUUGAUCCUGGGUCUGAUCUGGACCCUGAUCCUCCACUACUCCAUCUCCAUGCCCAUGUGGGAGGACGAGGACGACGAGGACGCCAAGAAACUGACGCCAAAGCAGCGUCUGCUGGGCUGGAUCCAGAACAAGGUGCCUCAGCUCCCCAUCACCAACUUCCACCGGGACUGGAGGGACGGGAAGGCGCUCGGAGCGCUGGUGGACAACUGUGCCCCUGGUUUGUGUCCGGACUGGGAAACAUGGGAUCCCAGUCAGCCGGUGGAGAACGCCAGAGAGGCCAUGCAGCAGGCGGACGACUGGCUCGGAGUUCCACAGGUGAUUGCUCCAGAGGAGAUUGUCGACCCAAACGUGGACGAGCACUCUGUGAUGACCUACCUGUCUCAGUUCCCUAAAUCCAAUCUCAAGCCCGGCGCCCCCUUGAGGGCAAAGACUCUGCACCCGAAAAGAGCCAAAGCUUUCGGACCUGGUAUCGAACCUCGAGGGAACAUGGUUCUGAAACCAGCGGAGUUCCUGGUGGAGACAGUGGAGGCCGGACUGGGCGAGGUUCUGGUUUACGUGGAGGAUCCAGAGGGACAUACGGAGGAGGCUCGAGUCAUCCCCAACAACGACAGGAACAGAACCUACUCUGUGGUCUACCUGCCCAAAGUGGAGGGGCUUCAUAAGGUGAAGGUGCUGUUCGCUGGGCAGGACAUUGACAGAAGUCCCUUCAUCGUGAACGUUUCCAAGGCGAUGGGCGACCCAAGCAGAGUCCAGGCCCGUGGGCCGGGGCUGCAGACGACGGGCAACGUGGCCAACAAGCCGACGUACUUUGAUAUUUACACAGCAGGGGCGGGAGCCGGAGACGUGGGUGUCAUCAUCGUGGACUCUAACGGUCGCAGGGACACAGUGGAGAUUGUCCUGGAAAACAAAGGGGACAGUAUUUUCCGCUGCACCUAUGUUCCCGUCCUGGAGGGGGCGCACACCGUUUGCGUGACCUUUGCUGGGCAGCAGAUUCCCACAAGUCCUUUCACUGUCCACAUCUGUGAGGUUCCACAGAGCGCCCCAGCUCCCGGCUCACCGGUGCAGAUGGUACCUCAGUCCACUCGCACCCCUCCCUCAGACAGGACACGAAGAGCCCCCCCUCCAACGCCGCCCAAACCCAGUCGACCAACCUGCAACCCCAACACCUGCCGGGCGUCGGGCCGCGGUCUGCAGCCAAAAGGUCUGAGGGUGAAAGAAGUGGCAGAUUUUAAAGUUUACACUAAAGGAGGCGGCAGCGGUGAACUGGAAGUCACAGUGAAGGGACCAAACGGCCUUGAGGAGCUGGUGAAGGUGCUGGAGGUGGAAACCAGUCUGUUUGAGUGUAAUUAUUAUCCCAUCAUGACGGGAAAAUACAUCGUCACCAUCACAUGGGGAGGACACAGCAUACCACGCAGUCCAUUUGAGGUGCAGGUAGGUGAGGAGGCGGGGCCUCAGAAGGUGAGGGCCUGGGGCCCGGGGCUGGAGACCGGCGCGGUCGGGAAGAGUGCGGACUUUGUGGUGGAGGCGAUCGGGACGGAGGUGGGAACACUCGGUUUCUCCAUCGAGGGCCCGUCUCAAGCCAAGAUCGAGUGUGACGACAAAGGUGACGGAUCAUGUGACGUUCGUUACUGGCCGACUGAACCCGGUGACUUCGCUGUCCACGUCAUUUGUGACGACGAGGACAUCAAGGACAGUCCGUUCAUGGCUCACAUCCUCUCUGCUGCCAACGACAUCUUCCCAGAGAAGGUGAAAUGUUACGGCCCCGGUCUGGAGCCUCUCGGCUGCAUCGUCAACAAACCUGCGGAUUUCACCAUCGAUGCUCACGGAGCCGGACGAGGGGAACUGAAGCUCUACGCUCAGGACGCCGAGGGUUUCCCCAUCGACAUACAGAUCACAGAAAAUGAGGACAGCACCUUCCUCUGCGUUUAUAUUCCCACUAAACCCAUCAAACACACCAUCAUCGUGACCUGGGGCGAGGUCAACGUCCCCAACAGCCCGUUCAGGGUGACGAUCGGUGAAGGCAGUCACCCGGAGAACGUGAAGGUUCACGGUCCCGGCGUGGAGAAGACGGGACUGAAGGCCAACGAGCCGACCUACUUCACCGUGGACUGCAGCGAGGCCGGCCAGGGUGACGUCAGCAUCGGGAUCAAAUGUGCUCCAGGUGUGGUCGGAGCUGCUGAGGCCGACAUCGACUUCGACAUCAUCAAGAACGACAACGACACGUUCACGGUGAAGUACAUGCCCCCGGGUCCGGGACAGUACACCAUCAUGGUCCUGUUCGCUGAUCAGGAAAUACCCAUCAGCCCCUUCAGAAUAAAGGUGGAUCCCUCCCAUGAUGCAGCUAAAGUCCGAGCAGAAGGACCUGGACUGAGUAAAACCGGUGUUGAGGUGGGGAAACCGACUCACUUCACCAUCUACACUAAAGGAGCAGGAAAAGCCAAACCCAAGGUUCAUUUCACUGCUGCCACUAAAGGUGAAGCCGUCCGAGACUUCGAGAUCAUCGACAACCACGACUACUCGUACACCGUCCGCUACACGGCCAUCCAGCAGGGCAACGUGUCCGUCACCGUUUGUCACGGAGGAGACCCCAUCCCCAAAAGUCCCUUUAACAUCAGUGUGGCGCCCCCUAUGGACCUGAACAAGGUCAAAGUUCAAGGGCUGAACAACAAGGUGGAUGUUGGGAAAGAUCAGGAGUUCACCAUCAGCACACGAGGAGCCGGAGGUCAGGGCAAACUGGAGGUCAAGAUCACCUCGCCGUCUCGUCGACCAAUCCCCUGCAAGCUUGAGUCGGGCACAACCAAUGAGCUUCACACAGUUAAAUACGUCCCCCCUGAGGAGGGGCCGCUCAGACUGGACGUCUGCUACGACGGACACCCGGUCCCAGGAAGUCCGUUCACUGUGGAGAGCGUGAUGCCGCCUGACCCGACCAAGGUGCGGGCCUGUGGUCUGGGUCUUCAGGGAGGCGUUGUGGGUAAACCCGCCCCCUUUGCCAUUGACACAAAGGGAGCGGGCACCGGCGGUUUGGGCCUGACGGUGGAGGGGCCGUGCGAAGCAAAGAUCGAAUGUCAGGACAACGGUGAUGGCUCCUGUUCGGUGUCCUACCUGCCCACUGAGCCCGGUGAGUACGCCAUCAAUAUCCUGUUCGCUGAGCAGCACAUCCCAGGCUCCCCCUUCAAGGCCGUGGUACAAGCCGCCUUGGAUCCCAGCAAGGUGACGGCGAGCGGCCCCGGCCUAGAGCGAGGCAAAGUCAACGAGGACGGAUCCUUCACGGUGGACUGCUCCAAAGCCGGAGAAGCGGAGCUCACCAUCGAGAUUAUCUCAGACUCUGGAGCCAAAGCUGAAGUUCACGUCCAGAACAACAGCGACGGGACCUACUCCAUCACCUACAUCCCACAGGUCCAGGGCAUGUACACCAUCACCAUCAAGUACGGAGGACACGCCGUGCCCACAUUCCCUGUCCGCCUGCAGGUGGCGCCGGCUGUCGACACCAGCGGAGUCGAGGUCUACGGACCGGGAGUCGAACCCAGAGGCGUCCUGAGGGAAGUGACCACACAUUUCAUCGUCGAUGCUCGGUCGCUCUACAAAAGUGGCAGUCAAAUCAAAACCUGCAUCUCCAGCCCGUUAGGCGCCAACACAGACGCCUACAUAACCGACAAGGGCGACGGAACGUACCGGGUGGAGUACACGCCGUACGAGGAUGGUUUACAUCUGAUCGACGUUCUGUUCGGCGACGUCUCUCUGCCGAAGGGUCCGUUCAGAGUGACGGUGACAGAGGGCUGUGAUCCCAGUCGAGUACGAGCGUACGGUCCAGGUCUGGAGGACGGACUGGUCAACAAACCCAACCGCUUCACUGUCGAGACCAGGGGAGCAGGCACCGGGGGUCUGGGUUUGGCCAUUGAGGGUCCGUCUGAGGCCAAGAUGUCCUGUAAAGACAACAAAGAUGGCAGCUGCAGCGUGGAGUACAUCCCCUUCACUCCUGGAGACUACGACGUCAACAUCACGUUUGGAGGUCUCCCUAUCCAAGGAAGUCCUUUCAGGGUCCCGGUGCGAGAGCUGGUGGAUCCCAGUAAGGUGAGAUGUUCAGGUCCUGGACUGGGAAGUGGAGUCAGAGCUCACGUCUCCCAGACAUUCACUGUCGACUGCAGCAAGGCCGGCGUCGCUCCGCUGGAGGUUCAGCUCUACGGUCCGACAGGUGUGACGGAACCCAUCAGCAUCAGCGACAACGGAGACGGGAGUCACACGGUGAACUACACUCCUGCCAACGAUGGCCCGUACACGGUGUGUGUGAAGUACUCCGACCAGGAGGUUCCUCGCAGUCCGUUCAAGAUCAAGACGUUACCGGCUCACGAUGCCAGUAAAGUUCGAGCCAGCGGUCCCGGUCUGAACGCAACAGGGGUCCCAGCCAGUCUGCCGGUGGAGUUCACAAUUGAUGCCCGGGACGCUGGAGAGGGACUGCUCACUGUCCAGAUCCUGGAUCCGGAGGGAAAACCUAAGAAGGCCAACAUCCGAGACAACCGGGACGGGACGUACACGGUGUCCUACGUCCCCGACAUGACGGGACGCUACACCAUCACCAUCAAAUACGGAGGAGAUGAGAUACCGUACUCGCCGUACAGAAUCCACGCCUUGCCCACCGGGGACGCUAGCAAGUGUCAGGUUACAGUGUCGAUUGGAGGACACGGUCUGGGAUCAGGGAUCGUCCCGGCCGUCCAGAUUGGCGAGGAGACCGUCAUCACCGUGGACGCAAAGGCUGCCGGGAAAGGUAAAGUCACCUGUAAGGUGUCCACUCCUGACGGAGCGGAGCUGGACGUGGACGUAGUGGAGAACGCAGACGGGACGUUUGAUAUCUACUACACGGCCCCGGAGCCCGGGAAGUACGUCAUCACCAUCCGGUUCGGAGGGGAACACAUUCCCAACAGCCCCUUACACGUGGUGGCGACCGAUGAUCCCGUCAGCCCGGUGGACGUGAUGGAGCCUGUGCUCCGCCCCUUCAGUCUCGUUAUUCCCUUCACGGUGCAGAAAGGAGAAAUCACAGGUGAGGUGCGAAUGCCGUCUGGUCGAACCGCCUGUCCUCACAUCACCGACAACAAGGACGGAACCGUCACUGUGAAAUAUUCACCCUCUGAACGAGGUCUGCACGAGAUGGACAUUAAAUACGACGGGAACCACAUCCCCGGAAGUCCUCUUCAGUUCUACGUUGAUGCCAUCAAUAGUGGUCAUGUGACAGCGUACGGCCCCGGGCUGAGCCACGGCACCGUGAACCAACCGUCUACGUUCACCAUUGUCACUAAAGACGCCGGCGAAGGGGGUCUGUCUCUGGCGGUGGAGGGUCCGUCUAAAGCUGAGAUCAGCUGUAAAGACAACAAAGAUGGGACGUGCACCGUGUCCUACCUGCCGACCGCACCGGGAGACUACAACAUCAUCGUCAAGUUCGACGACAAACACAUCCCCGGCAGCCCCUUCACUGCCAAGAUCACCGGCGACGACUCUAUGAGGACUUCUCAGCUCAACGUUGGCACGGCAACAGACGUGUCCCUGAAGAUCACGGAGACGGACCUGACCAGUCUGACGGCGACCAUCAGAGCGCCGUCUGGAAGCGAGGAGCCGUGUUUGCUGAAGAGGCUUCCGAACAGACACAUCGGGAUCUCGUUCACGCCAAAGGAAGUGGGCGAACAUGUGGUCAGCGUGAAGAAGAACGGGAAACACGUGACCAACAGUCCCUUUAAGAUCAUGGUGGGUCAGUCUGAGAUCGGAGACGCCAGUAAGGUGAAGGUCGUGGGUCAGGGGCUGCUGGAGGGACACACCUUCGAGGUGUCCGAGUUCAUCGUGGACACCAGGAAUGCAGGUUACGGAGGUCUGGGUCUGUCCAUCGAGGGUCCCAGUAAAGUGGACAUUAACUGUGAGGACGUGGAGGACGGAACCUGUAAAGUCACCUACUGUCCCACCGAACCUGGAAACUACAUCAUCAACAUCAAGUUCGCUGAUCAACACGUUCCAGGAAGUCCGUUCACCGUGAAGAUGUUCGGCGAGGGGCGGAUGAAGGAGAGCAUCACCAGGAAGCGUCAGGCGCCCUCCAUCGCCACCGUCGGCAGCACCUGUGACCUCAACCUGAAAAUACCAGGGAACUGGUUUCAGAUGGUGUCGAACCAGGAGCACCUGACGCGGACGUUCACCCGCAGCAGUCACACGUACACCCGCACCGAGAGGACGGAGAUCAGCAAGACCCGAGGAGGCGAGACCAAGAGGGAGGUGCGCGUGGAGGAGAGCACGCAGGUCGGGGAUCCCUUCAGGGAAGUGUUUGGAGACUUCCUGGGACGAGAGGGUCGGAGCGGGUUCAACAGACAGCCACUGCAGGACGGUGAGGCAGGUAACCAGGAAAUGACGGCUCAGGUGACGAGUCCCGGAGGAAAGACGGAGGAGGCGGAGAUCAUUCGAGGAGAGGACAGCACCUACAGUGUCCGGUUCGUCCCUCAGGAGAUGGGCCCUCACACUGUUAAUGUGAAGUACCGGGGCCAACACGUCCCCGGGAGCCCCUUCCAGUUCACCGUGGGGCCCCUGGGAGAGGGAGGGGCCCACAAGGUGCGAGCAGGAGGAACCGGACUGGACCGAGGAGUGGCCGGGAUCCCGGGUGAGUUCAGUAUCUGGACCAGAGAAGCCGGAGCUGGAGGUUUGUCCAUCGCUGUUGAAGGACCCAGUAAAGCUGAGAUCACGUUUGAAGACAGGAAGGACGGAUCCUGUGGCGUCGCAUACGUGGUUCAGGAACCUGGUGAUUAUGAGGUUUCUAUUAAAUUCAACGACGAAAACAUCCCAGAUUCGCCGUUCAUCGUCCCCGUCGCCACUUUGUCGGACGACGCUCGUCGCCUCACCAUCACCAGCCUUCAGGAAAUGGGUCUGAAGGUUGGACAGGAAGCUUCGUUCUCUGUACAGCUGAACGGAGCCCGAGGUCUGAUCGAUGCUAAGAUCCACUCGCCGUCAGGAGCCGUGGAGGAGUGUCACAUCACCGAGCUGGACAGUGAUCAACACGCCAUCAGGUUCAUCCCGAGAGAAAACGGCGUUCACUCCAUCGAUGUUCGUUUUAACAGCAGCCAUGUCCCCGGCAGCCCCUUCAAGAUCCGAGUGGGAGAACCAGGGCAAGUCGGAGAUCCUGGUAUGGUGUCCGCCUUCGGACAGGGACUGGAGGGAGGAAUCACUGGUGUGGCGUCAGAGUUUAUCGUGAACAUCUGUAACGCAGGCUCGGGAGCUCUGUCGGUGACCGUGGACGGACCCUCCAAAGUGAAGAUGGACUGUCAGGAAUGUGCUGAGGGCUACAAGGUCUCAUACACACCCAUGGCCCCCGGAAACUACCUGAUCUCCAUCAAGUAUGGAGGUGGUCACGUGGUCGGAAGUCCCUUCAAGGCCAAAGUCUCAGGGCCUCGUCUGUCCGGCGGCCACAGUCUUCAUGAGACGUCGUCCGUUCUUGUGGAAACCGUCACCAAGUCGUCAAUGAUGGGCGGGGCCUUCGCCUCUUUACCCAAGUUCUCCUCAGACGCCACUCAGGUCGUGUCCAGAGGCGCCGGCCUAUCGAAGGCCUUCGUCGGUCAGAAGAACGCGUUCACGGUCGACUGCACUAAAGCAGGGACCAACAUGUUGAUGGUCGGUGUCCACGGACCGAAGACGCCGUGUGAGGAGGUGUACGUCAAACACAUGGGCAACAGGAUGUACAACGUCACGUACACGGUCAAAGAACAGGGCAGCUACAUCCUCAUCGUCAAGUGGGGGGACGAGAACGUCCCCGGGAGCCCGUUCCACGUCACCGUCCCUUGAACCUGGACUCGCCACGCCCGUCUCGCAAUGUCCACGAUGCCCUGAGACUGUCUCACACUAAUUUACACUGUCCUGUUUACUGUUGCUAAGGCAACGGUUUUGCCUUUACUGAAUCAGCAGCUCUGGUUGGCGUGAACAACGAGAACCUGCGUUAGCUUCGAACAACCAGAUCCUUGGCUUUAUUUAUUCUCUGAAGGUUUUAUUCUCUGACAGAAAUUGUCUUAUUAUGGAGGAGAAUCUUUGAGAAACAGAUUUUUUGUUUUUUACCACAUGAUAAGUCGCUUUAUGUGUGAAUGAUGAAAACAUCGUAUUUACAGAGUGAAGAGAUUUUCUAGUGAUUUUAUAUGAAUGAGUUUGAUUUGUUCAGUUUUCAGGAAGAAUUAAAGUUCUGCUGCUCGUCAAACCGA